AUGCACACGUAUAGGCUUUGCUUCCGUCAUUCUUUACCCUUUUUUGAAAAUCUUCGCCGUGUGGUUCGCACCUUAUCCAGACCAUCUUUGAUCCAUGAUCGAGCGUUUACUGGUGCUAUUCGUCGAACAUUGUUCACCUACUCCUCUCGUCGGUUGGCUCUAGAGCGUGUUGAGGUUGCCCACUCAACUUCUUACAACCGAGCGUCUACUAUCCCUUCCUUUUCUUUUUCCUCCUCGUCGCCAACGCUCUCGUUAAGGGAGCGCUCAGCGGGCAAUGGGAGGGUUUCGGGAAAUAACCACUAUGGUGAGGAUUCAGCAGAAAAGGCCGCGUUUGGUGGCGGGGGAAGAGGAGAGGGGGACUUUUCGCCCAGCUACCCCGCGAGCACCCUCGGCUCGCGGAGCAACCUUCCACAACCUAUGCGCACCCUCAGUCAUGCGGAUUCGGAGUGGUUCUUCUUCCGCAAUGACGAAGAUGAUAAGAAUGGAGAAAACAGUGUUUAUUGUCGCUCGCCGCUCGGAAUCGAUCAAUCCUCGAUGUCAUCGUCGUCCUCUUCCUCUUCUUCUUCUUCCACCCCUUUUUGUUUGCUUUGUCGGGAGUAUAUUGAGCCAACGGGGGGUAAACGCCUCCAUAUCUUCUCCAGCAGUCGCGCGAGCCAUACCAACCACACCUGCCGAGAAGUAACCCUUGAUUCCUUAGCGCUUCUCGCGAUACGAGGCUACCCGCUUGAUCACAUAUACGAGGUAUGGUCCGAUGCGCUUUACCGACACGAGGCCUUCUUCCGCGUCCAUUCGCUCGUUUCCCCUGUGUGGAGCAUCGAGCGUCGGGCGGAUGAGCUUUUGCGUCUGCUUCUGUUUUUAAAGCAGGUGAAGGUGCUCGACAUCUGCCUCGCCGGGGUCGCGCCGGAUUUAGCUGGGUCUUCGGAAGCCCUUUAUCACAACCGCCGCCGGAUCGCGUUCGAGCGGUUGGAGUAUAUCGGGGAUAACGCCUGGAGCACGCAGAUCUCCAGCCGUAUGAUGGUCCUCUACCCGGAUCAGCAAUGGCAGUAUAGCGAUCACUCCACGACGUUUAACUGCUUUCGGGAUUCGUGCGAGAUGAAUAUUAUGCUGGAACUGAUGUUCGACGUCCUGCAUCUCGGCCAGCUCCAUCCGAGCUACGCAGGGGCGAAAAUCGGCAGCGGCAAGGUGAAGGCGGAUAUCUUAGAGGCCCUUAUCGGGGAGCUGCAUGUGAACGUGUGGGGGUUGGAGCCGCAGAUUCACGACGACGCGCCUUUUGUCGAGAUUAACGACCUCGAAGGGGCCCGGCUGCUCGCCCUGAUUAAGCACUGCUUGACGGAGAUCUACGACUUGCUGAUUCUGUAUCAUUCGCGAAAUCUGAGCGUGAAUGCGCUUCCCCUCGCGAAGGAGUUGGCGGUGCGGCAGAUUUGGAAACGAACGAUGCCGGCGGUGCAGCGGCAUAAAAUGGCUCCUCGCCGCGCCAUCGCGCGGGCGUCUUUCCAACGCGUGGAGCUUUCCUCGCAAGAAGGCUUGUCCACUUCUUCAGCGCAGCCGACGCCUUGGAUGAAUCUCAGGCAGUUGCCGAAUCUUCACCUUCCCGCGCUUCCUCGACUUUCUGAUUCCCCGACGCGGUAUCCGCGUGUGGUGGAGCAUCCACUCCGCGCGAUGCCGCUUAACGAGCUCCCCGCCUCGACGAUCGUGGAACACACCCGACAAGACGCCUUUGCCUAUCUUCACCAAAGCUUUGAACGAUUAGGGCUGCUUAGCAACGAUACGUUUCAGGUUUUUAAUCGCGUAGGGGGUGGGGUGAAAUCGGUGGGGGGUUCCGAAGGGCAUGAAGGGGGCGGGCGGCGGGAAGGGCCGCAAUGGCGAAAGUAUAUCCAGCAACUCGUCCCACAGAUCUCCCCGGCGGUCGGGUUAGCCUCGCCUUCGUGGAAGCACGAGGAGACGCUGCCGCGGACCUCUCCGGAGGGGAGUCCGGCGAUGCCGGCUUCGGGGGCGAUCGACGCCGCCUUUUUCGCCCCCCCCCUCCCCGCCGAGGGCUUCUCCGCCGUGUACUUCCGCGAUCCGUAUUUCAACCUCUUCCCCACGCCCUGCGGGGUCGCGGAGGCGCACGCCUCGCACGCGCGCCGGCGGUUUCGUCAGCUGGGAUCGCUGCAGCUCCCCCUCGUCGUCCUCCACGGCAGGCCUCGCGGGAAGGACGAAACCGAACCCGAACGCGAAAACGACCAAAACGAAGACGAAGAAGGGGGUCCCCUCCAGCUCGCGUUGAGGCACGCCCACCCCGCGUUACGCGUGGGGGUUCCCGCGGGCGCGGCCUCGUCCAUCCCCGCACGGGCAUCCGGCGAGCGGGCGUGUUUAUUUCGCCCUUCGAGGUUCGUCCCGGCGGGCGUCAAACCCCCCACCGCGGGCGUCGUGACGGAUCGAAAUCUCCACUUCGGCCGAUACGCCUUUCUCGCCUACGGGCAGUUCACGCCGAUGCGUCAACACGCGGCGGAAAGAGCGGAAGGGGCUUCGCAUCCAAACGAUUCUCCCACGACGCCUUGCGCGAAGACGUCUUCGGGCGUGAACUCCGCCGAGGGCGACCUCUCAUGGAAGGGGAAUCCCACGGUGGAAGGGAAUGCACCAGAUGCUAAUGACAAGGGUUCGUUUCACGAGGAAACGGUCGAGCAAAUCGGCGGGGAAAACGACGCGAAGGAAACGAAACGUAGGGAUAACGGCGAAGAGUUCAGUGAUGUGGAAUCGGCUCGCGUGUUUUGGACGAGAUGGGCAAAAACACGGCGCGUUCAGUCGAACAGCUUCUUCUAA